GGAACAGAAUGAACCAGGGAGACUCAAACCCAGCCGCAGUUCCACACGCCGCUGAAGAUAUUCAGGGAGACGACAGGUGGAUGUCACAGCACAAUAGAUUUGUCUUGGACUGCAAAGACAAGGAGCCCGACGUGCUCUUCGUGGGUGACUCCAUGGUGCAGUUGCUACAGCAGUAUGAGAUAUGGCGAGAGCUCUUCUCACCACUUCAUGCAUUGAAUUUUGGGAUUGGUGGAGACACCACAGGACACGUUCUAUGGAGACUGAAGAAUGGUGAACUGGAGAACAUUAAACCGAAGGUCAUUGUUGUUUGGGUUGGAACAAAUAAUCAUGAAAACACAGCAGAAGAAGUAGCAGGUGGAAUCGAGGCUAUCGUGCGCCUGAUAAACACCCAGCAGCCACAGGCCAAAGUUAUUGUACUGGGCCUGCUACCUCGUGGAGAGAAGCCAAACCCGCUGCGGCAGAAGAAUGCCAAGGUGAAUCAUCUGCUAAAAGCCUCGCUCCCCAAACUGCCCAACGUCCAGCUUCUGGAUGUGGACGUCGGCUUUGUGCACUCAGAUGGCACCAUCUCGUACCACGACAUGUUUGAUUUCCUGCACCUGACGGGAGGGGGCUACGCAAAGAUCUGCAAACCCCUCCAUGAACUGAUCAUGCAGCUGCUGGAGGAGACCCCCGAGGAGAAACGAGCUGCCCUGGCCUGAGUAGCUGACGUCAGCGUUAACAGCAUCACCCAGCCCAUCAGAUCAGUUCUGUCACUGGCACUACAGAAUCCUUCUUUCUUAAAGCACUUUCCAUUGUAGAAUGUUACCGGAUGUUCGUACCUAGUGUUUUGAGGGGGAAGGCUAAUGUUUAACUGGUCUUGUACAUACGAGGGCCGGCUUGGUUGGUUUUAUUGCAGGAGGAAAUUAGCUGAAGACGAGUUUUACUUUUAAACCAUUCCUCAUUUAAACUGAGAACAGGGCUGUCACUCUGUGCCCCUCUCAUGUCUUGUUGCUCUGUGGUUGUCCUAGAACCCUUGUAGCCUGUCUCUGACAGCCCGCGCACAGCUCCUGGCUCACCGUUCCCGGCUGUAGGGAUUGUGCUCUGUGUAUUAGCCUGUGAACAAGAAUCACAUUCCACUUGCAAAAGCCAGAACAGAUGCAUUUUUCCCAACUCGGUCCCACCUUUUAAAGGUUUCUGGGUUUUUUUUUUUUUUCCUGGGGGGUUUUAAGUGACACGUGUUGCUUUCUCACUCCUUCUUUCUGAAGCAGCACGAAACUGGAAUUCAGAAAUGUAAAGAAACGAACGGUUAACCGAACUCGUGUGACACUCCCAGGUGCUUGUUCUUGUGCUUCUUUCACCAUGCCUACUAGCCGGGGCACCUUUCCUCCCACGUAGCUUUCCCUGGGGAUGUUCUCAUUCAGAUGCUGCUGGCUG